AUGUCACCGUACGAGACGGGGAAAUUUCGAGACAGCGUUCGCUUCUACGGAAAACCUUGAACGCAGCACGCGGAGCGCUGAAGCCAGGGUUGAGAAGGACGCUGGAAACUAAAAUGGACAUCGAUGGGAAAUAGCCCAGUUGACACUGACUGUCUAUGUCAGUCGUGUGACCGGCGCUUCACAAAGAACCCCAGGGGAGAAAAGGUGAAAGAGUCAUGGAGGCUCGCUUUGGCAAUAUCGUGUUCAGCUCCAAGUUUGACUCGGGGAACCUGGCACGCGUGGAGAAAGUGGAGAAGGGCAGCUCCAGCCCGUCCUCGGACACCGCCUCCAGUGGGAGUGUCCCCCCAGGAUCAACCCUGAGCCCUGACUACGAGUUCAACGUGUGGACGCAGCCAGACUGCGCUGGCACAGAGCACGAGAACGGAAACAGAUCAUGGUUUUACUUCAGUGUGCGGGGCGCAAUACCGGGGAAGAUGCUGAAGAUCAAUGUGAUGAACAUGAAUAACCAGAGGAAGCUCUACAGCCAGGGCAUGGCUCCUCUUGUACGCACUUUACCUGGCAAGAACCGGUGGGAAAGGAUCCGAGACAGACCCACAUCUGAGUUUACAGAUAACCAGUUCGUCCUCUCAUUCGCUCACCGGCUGUCAGAGGUGCGAGGGGCGACCACCUAUUUCUCCUUCUGCUUUCCGUUCUCUUACGCUGAGUGCCAGGAGAUGCUGCAGCAGUUGGACGAGAGCAACCCCAAUGCUGCUCAACUCAGUCCAAGCAGUGCACCGGGCAGUGUGUAUUAUCACAGAGAGUUGCUGUGCCACUCUCUCGAUGGCAACAGGGUGGACCUGCUCACUGUGACCAACUGCAGCGGGAUGCAGGAGGAGAGAGAACCCCGUCUGCCUCAGCUGUUUCCCGACACCAACACUCCCAGACCACACCGCUUCCCCAGCAAAAGGGUGUUUUUCCUCAGCAGUCGGGUGCACCCAGGGGAGACGCCCUCCUCCUUUGUGUUUAACGGUUUCCUAAAUUUCAUCCUGCGGAGGGACGACCCACGCGCCCACGCACUCCGGAGCAUGUUUGUGUUCAAGCUCAUUCCCAUGCUCAACCCAGACGGGGUUGUCCGCGGACACUACAGGACCGAUUCCAGGGGAGUGAACUUGAACAGGCAAUACCUGAACCCCAGCCCCCAGCUGCACCCAUCCAUCUACGCGGCCAAAGCACUGCUGCUCCACCACCACAUGCACAACCGCUCGUACAAGACACAGUCCAGCACACACUUUAACAACUCGACAAACACGCAGGCUGCUCCCCUCAACAUCAAACCCUCCAAUCGGCACCAAGCCCCUCCCCUCACCCCACUUGAACUCAGUUUGAACCAACGGAUCGCAGAGAAGGACGCGCUUCCCGCGCAGCCCGAAGUUCCCAUGGUGAUGGAGGAGAACGUCUGGGUGAACACAGAGGCGGGGAAAGGAGACGCGAACAGCUCAUCGAGCUCCCCAGAGACUGUGGCCCCCGUCACUGUAGAUGAUACGGCCCCACAGGUGGAGGAGCAGGAAGUGGUUCCUGCCCGGGAAGGAGGCGUGGCAUAUUACGUGGACCUACAUGGCCACGCCUCUAAACGUGGAUGUUUCAUGUAUGGAAAUAACCUUCCUGACGAGAGCCAGCAGGUAGAGAACAUGCUGUACCCGAGGCUAAUCGCCGUGAACUCUGCCCACUUUGAUUUCCUUGGCUGUAACUUCUCGGAGAAAAACAUGUACGCACGGGACAAGCGAGAUGGGCAGUCGAAGGAAGGCAGCGGGCGGGUGGCCAUUCACAAGGCAAUAGGCUUGCUUCACAGCUACACUUUGGAGUGCAACUACAACACGGGGAAAACCAUGAACACCAUCCCACCUGCCUGCCACGACAACGGACGGGCAACCCCCCCUCCACCUCCAUCCUUCCCUCCGAAAUACACUCCGGAAAUAUUUGAACAGGUGGGACGUGCCGUGGCCGUCUCGGCCCUGGACAUGGUCGAGUGUAACCCCUGGCCACGGCUGGUUCUGUCGGAGCACAGCUGCCUGUCAAAUCUCCGGGCCUGGAUCCUCAAGCACGUGCGCAACACCAAAGGCCCAAUCGCACACAUCAACGCCCACCCGCCGCCGAGAAUACACCACAGUGGCAGCAAGGCGUCACCGCCAAAGAGUUUCAACAACUGUCUGUCUGGCUCGGCGUCGGAGAACACCUUCAGUCGGAUUCGCUGCAACAGCCACAGCAGCAGCAGCCAGACGCCCUCCCCAAAGAUGCACAACUCUCCGAGCUUUACUUUCGGCUGCCCGCCACCCCGAGCUCACGCGCAGCACAGCGGCGUGCACACAAGCGGACGUGGGGGCAACAAGACACUCGGGCCAGUCAGGGACCCUAAGCCCCAGGAGAAGAGACGCCCCCCCCACCACCGCUCCGUCCUGCGGUCCCCCAGCAACAGCCACGCCCCCUCGCGCCCCCCACUCUCACCCCCUUCCUCCUCCUCCUCGUCUUCCUCGGUGUGCGCGGCGGGCUCCUGUCCCCUCCCGGCCUCCGUCAGUAUGACAGGCGUCAGCUGUCCAGACUUUCAGGCUGGUGGACCCAGUUCAGAGGGUUCGUCCAGAAUACUUUUCCCCACGCGUCCUGUGCGCGUGGGGAGAGGCUGCCGCGCUCAGACGGUCAGUCGUCACGCCACAGAGGCCCGCACAGAGGCUGCUCACGACUUGGGCGCUGAACACAUCCUCUCCUCCAUCAAGUUCAGCAAGUGUGAGCUGCAGCCGCAGGUGAGCCGCGUCACCAUCCGCAGGGCGGGGUCGACCGCCGCGCGCGAAACCAAAGCAACCCCUGGGCAAAACAAUCCACCCUCGACCGGAGGAAAAGAGGAGUCGGCCACCAUGAAAGUCUGGAAGCUGCUUAGGCCAGGCCUCCUGUCGCUGUCAGGCACGUAUACAGGUGUGUCGAGGAAAGACGGUGCCAAGCAGCUGUCCUCGAAAGCACUGCUGAAGAAGAGCGCUGACAGGACUUUGGGCCACGCGGGCGGUGCAGUCAUAGAAGCUGCACCAGAGGAGGACGAAACGCAGCAGCAGGUUGAGGAGACGCCGGUGACGCCUCGGCCUGAGCCUGUGAACACGUGUGAAAAAGUGACCCUGUGUGGAGAAGCAUAGGAACUGCACAGAAGAGGUGGCGCUUGUGUGAACUGGACCAAACCGGAGGGUACAUUGUCAUUGCAGGAGGAUUAUUUGGGCCAUCUUCAUGUGCAAUAUGUUGUGUUUUUUGUUUUUGUUUUUUGCAACCAUGCUGUUCAACAACAUUUGAGCAGCGCUGCUAGAGUGGCAGGGGGUGAAGUGCCUUGCUCAGUGACACCAGGCGGGGGAAAGGCACACACUUUCCCCACCUCAGUUUUCCAAAUGAACAACAUCCAAUGACUUGAAGUAUCUUGAAUCAUUUCAGUUACUAUAUAAAUAUAUUUGUGAUUUUGUCAUUUAUUUUCCUUCUGCUCCUCCAUCCCCAAUAAGAGACAGUGAAUGCACUCUGAACAAUAUGAUUAUGCACUGAUUAUUAUACUGUACAAUGUCACCUAUUUAAUUACAUCACAGGUUGACUUUUAGUCAUGCUAAAAAAGCACAAUUGCACCUUUUACAAACUCCUCUUUUUCCUUUGUGUGAUUAGAAGUGUGUAUAUUUAAAUAUAAAGCCCAUAAAAGAGAUUCACCCCGUUACACUUUCAUGGUUUGUUUGACCACACUUGGUCAACGGGGGAAAUAAAAUGAAAUGUGAAAUUGUUAAAUAAUUAUCCAAGUGAAGUGAAAAUAUAAAACAAUGACGAAGUGAUGGAGUUCAAAAGAAAAAAUGCCCCCCCCCCCCCCCCACCCCAGAGUACAGAAAGGACGGUCAGUAAUAAGACACGUGGGACAGCUGUUCAUCUUAUAUCAGGCCCCCCUCAGUGCCCAUGUGAAAAUGGCAGUCGUGAGGGAGGCCACUGAAAACAUCUCCCCCAUCACGAGGCCUGGUGGUGGCAGCGUCAUGUGGUGAGGAAGCUCCUCUGCUGCAGGUGCCAGGAGGCUCGUGGAGCCGGAGGGUCAAAUGACUGCAGCAAACCACAAAGGAAUCUUUCAUGUAGCCUACAAAAGAACUAACAUGGGGCCUCUACAUGUACAUAAAGUCAAUGAAUGAAUGACUGUAAUACCUCACAUCGAGGUUAACUGGAACGGGACGAAUACAUAUCCUAUCAAAUAUUUUAUUUAUAAUUAACACAAACGUUUAGAUGUUAUUUUUACUUUGAUUUGCAUUUCAACAAUGAUUGGAUAUGGUGGGUGAAUAAUUUUAUGGGCAUUGGACAAUAUAUAUAUAUUUGUAUUGACUACAUGUUUUAUAUAUAUAUAUACACUUCUGUUCAAAAGUUUGGGGUCACUUAGAAAUGUCCUUGUUUUUGAAAGAAAAGCACAGUUUUUUUUAAUGAGGAUAACAUUAAAUUGAUCAGAAAUACA